UUCUUGGUGGUUUCCUGGCCACAUCUGCUGCCACCAGUGGGUGCAGGGACACUCCCCACCAUGAAGCGUUCCUGCAGUCUGUAAGUAAUGAAGGGCAUGGAGAACUGCGCUACCACGCUGGACCCGCAACACGUGGGACUGGAAGAUGGAAUCAGCAGAGAGGAAGGACUUGAGGAAAAGUCGCCUUCUGUGACCCCUGAGAGACAGCGCAAGACCUUGCAACGACUCGCUGAGGAAAUCCGGAUAAUGUGCAGAGUCUGUAAGAUCUUCCGCCAGCGGCUGAGGGGAUUCCCCGGAUGUCAGCUCGUAGCGACAGAUUCCGUGAUAUCGGUGGAAGGCGAAGAGGAUUCCGGCAAAACCAGCUUUGACCACACCCUGUUCAGGACCAGAAAGAAUCACUUCCCGAGGAACGCCGAGUUCAUCACGCGGAAGAACCCCGCCCGGAGAACAGAGGCGGAGACCAGGCUCCUGUGCAGUCUCCUGCAGGUCAUCCCCAGCUACCAGCACUACAGUAACCACCUGCAGAUGCUCCUGGCCAGGGUGUUCCGCUUCCAGAGGUUUGGCCGCAGGAGAGUGAUCAUCAGAAAGGGUCACGUCGGAGACAGUUUCUACUUCAUCUACUCGGGCUGUGUGGCCAUUACUAACGAUGAGGAUGGCAGCAGCACCUACCUAGACCAGGAGCCCGUUCUCCUGCACGCAGGGGCUAAAUUUGGGGACAUAGCAUUGCUGAAAGGACACAGGAGGAAUGCCACAGUGGUCUGCAUGAAGGAGUCUGAAUUUCUGGUGGUUGACAAAGAGGAUUUCUUUGCAAAUAAACUGGAUGCAGAAUUGCAGAAAGAAUUUCAAUACCGUUACAAAUAUUUCAGAUCCCUGGACGUCAUCUCUCACUGGCCGUCUGAGCACAUCGAAAGCAUCUCCGGAAGAUGCCAAAUUAGACCAUAUCACUUUGACCAACUGGUCCAACGAGAUAGCAGCGAGAGUAACAGCAUUGCAUUCGUCACCGAGGGCACGUGCGAGGUGCUGCGGCUUGUGAAAGUGACACACUGCCCAUCGUACCACAAAUGGCUGCGUGCAUCUCUGCCAUUGCCGAAAUCACCGCCCACUCUGAAGACGACAACCAAUGAGCGGUCACUCGCCGAUAGGAAGGCGCUGCAAGGGCGACUGGCAUCGCUGAAGGAAGAGGCCGCCCACCUUUGUGCCAGGAAGAAGAGGGACAUUAGGGAAAAGGCCGCACCAGAAGGACCAUGCAGUGCCGCCGCUGCCGCCGUCUAUGUGAGGAUAGACGUGCUACAGGAAAACGAGUUCUUUGGCCUGCAGGAGGCGCUACUGCCGUACAGCCAGAGGGACACGCGCAGGCUGCUUCUCCUCAGCAAGAACUGUAAGAUCCUCUUCCUUAAAAAGAUGAAGUUUGAUGAAUUUUGUGAUGGCAAAACACUACAAAAUCUCCAACAAUAUCAAAAGAGCUACCCCAGUGACGAUGAUCUCUGCAAACACUUCCUACAGCAGAAUGACUGGAAUAUGUACAAGAAGGAUUUGGUAACCUUGCUCCUGAAGCCUCUCUCUACCAAUCGGUAUGUAAAGAAAAAGAAACACGCGCUGGCCUUAGCCAGCUGCAGUCCGACAGGUGUCCUAGAUCUACGUCCUGUCUCCAUAAGGAACACCAGUCCCUCCGGAUCACCAAGGGGCAUAUACGUCUCAGCACAGAACCGGACUGUCCGCCUUAUCCACGCAAUUACUGUCCCAAGGCCCCAGCUAAGAGGACUAGUACUAUAGGACUAGUACAUGCCCUAAUGUUUCCAGGCAUGAAACCUGGGCUACUAUUAAAGACUACUAUUAAAUAUUGAGU